AUGACAAAUCUAAGCCACCCUUCUGAAUUUGUCCACUUGAGCUUCUCAUGUUUCGGUGACCUGCAGGUUCUGCUGUGUGGGCCCUUCCUCGUGCUUGAUCUUCUUGCCUUCAUGACAGUCUCUGUCAGAGCUGACAUCCACCUAUGGACUCCCAUGUACUACUUCCUGGGCAAUUUUUCCUUGCUGGAGAUCUUGGCGACCACAACUACAGUGCCCAGGAUGCUCUCAGACCUGCUGGUCCCCCACAAGGUCAUUUCCUUCAGGAACUGCCCGGUCCAGUUCUACUUCUACUUUUCCCUGGGAUCCACCUCCUUCCUCAUCCUGUCAGACAUGGCCCUUGACUGCUUUGUGGCCAUCUGCCACCCACUGCGCUUUGGCACUUUGAUGAGCUGGCAGGUAGCUCCUUUCCUCGCCAUGGGCUCCUGGACUCAUCUUAGUUAUUGCCAUGGCAAUAUCAUUAACCACUUCUUCUGUGACAAUGCACUUCUGCUGCAGCUAUCCUGCUCAGACACCAGCCUGCUGGAAUUCUGGGACUUCGUGAUGGCCUUAGCCUUUGUCCUCGGCUCCUUCCUGGUGACCCCCUUCUCCUAUGGCUACAUUGUGAUCACUGUGCUGUGGGUCCCCUCUGCCAGUGGCCGUCAGAGGGCUUUCUCUACAUGUGGGUCCCACCUCACCCUGGCCUUCAUUGGCUACAGCAGUACCAUCUUCCUAUAUGACAGGCCUGACAAGGCACAUUCUGUGGAAGUCAAUGAGACUGUAGACUUGGUGACGUUAGUCCUCACUCCCUUUCUGAACCCCUUUAUCCUCACCCUCUGCAAUGAGACAUUCAAGGCUGUGCUAUAGAGGCUGAAAGGCCUUCCCAAGGCACUAGAAUGA